AUGUUUCGAGGGGAGAGUUUGUGGCAAACUGCUAUCAUCAGGACCUGGCCUUUUGCUGUUCAAAGGGCACGAUGGCCUGGACCCAUUCCUCGUGGUUUUGGUAUAAGGUAACACUUAUUUGUAUCUGAAAGAGCAGCUGGAGCUUUGGUUAAUGCCUCCUCCAUCUAGCAUACUUCAUGGAACCAUAAUUGAUCAGUUUAUUGCCUGUGGUAGGUCAAGAGACGAGGCCCAUGAGCUAGCCUCAGAGAUUUGGCUAGCAGUCAUCAACAAUCUUGAAGAAAAUAAGCACACGUUUAUGCUGUUAAAACGCUUUGCACAAGAAGGAGAUGUGAGCACCUUUAUCUCUUCCUCUUUUGCAGGUCAUAAAAUGUUGGUAUUCCCAUGGCUUGCAGGGUUCGCAAGUGUUGCGGUUCCAGAGUCGUCGAACCCGAAGCCAUCUCCUCCAAGGAAAUCUGGAUUCUGCUCGAGACCGUACAGCGAAUCCCAGAUCAUAAACACUUCCGAUCACGCGGUCAACAUCCCUGCAGGAGGUCAUUUAGGUCAGGCCCCGACUCCGGUCGGCUGUUGAGCGUUGGACAGCGUGCACACAUGUUGCGGUCGCCCGAGUCUCCGAGCCGGAGCAGACCUCUGGCGAAUUAAGCUGGAUCCUGCUCGGUAUCAGACAGCGAGUCCCGGAUUACGUACCCACUAAAUCAUCCAGCGGUCAACCUUGCUCCUGGAGGUGGUCCCCACUGAUACCGAGGGUGGCACCGUCGGCAGAUAAAACAAAAGCACACUCGGCGUACGGCCCCUCGCCAACUCCGACGCCCUCGUCCCCUCCCCACGCCUCCAUUUCUAGGGUUCUCCUGACCUCCGCCUCGUUGCCCCGGUUGCGGACCCCAAUGUGGCGGCGCCGCCACCUCCCCAGCCGGAUCUUGAUCUCGUAGGCCGUACGAGAGAGUGGAUCUCGAGUCCCCUGUUUUGUGAGCCGCGGUUCGGGUUCUGGGGUCUUGGGGGACUUCUCCUCGCUCUCUCUGAGAGAAUCCUUGCUUUUGGAGCUUCUUUUAGGCGGAAGAAAUCCAGAAGGACGAUUCCGACUUAACUGUCGAGGUGUGACAUUGAAGUCGUUCGGGCAAAAAGGGAGGGAUCUGCUUGGAAUCUAGCUUUGAAAGCAAGUUGGGAUUAUUCCGCUUUCUUGAGAGGGUUUAAUGGACUUCCUCAAGGUAAGAAAGUUUCGUGGCAUUGCCAAGUUGAAGGGGAGGAAAGAUCCGGAUCAGGAGCGGGGUCAGUUGCUCUCCGAGCCAGAGGAGCCGAAAGAUGAGAGUUUGGAUACAAUGUCGAAGCCACCUGCUGCCGAUCCUGCUGCGGACGGGGGGGAGGAUGAGGAUGAUGACGAUUUCAUCACGAAUGAGGUGAAGAGGCGGCUGAAGGAGCUGAGGAAGAACAGUUUCAUGGUGCUUAUACCAGAAGAAGGGAAUCCGGAAGAGGAGGAGGAGGACGAGGAGGAGGAGGAGGAAGAGGAGAGUAGCUCGAGCGGAUGGAGGGAAUCAGAAGUAGGGGAUGGGUAUCCAUGGUGCGGGUUCGACACAAUGUAUGACGAGUACUGUGAGCGGAUGCUGUUCUUUGAUAAGCUGAUCGCCCGCCACCUUAAAGAAGCUGGAUCUAAGGGGACUCUAGGGCGUUCACCAAGAAGUUUGUCGAAGAAGUUAUCCAUGGGUCUUCGUAACCUUUCAUUCAAGAAGCAAGAUGAACAUCAAGAGGACUCUGAAAACCUGCAGCAACCACAGGAAGAGAACCCAUCCCUGAAUCUUGAAGCUGCUUAUGUUGCUCAAGUUUGUUUGAGUUGGGAGGCACUUCAUUGCCAGUACAUGCAACUGAGCCAGAAGGCUUCACGUCAGCCUGGAAAUGAUGCCUCCUACAGAUAUGCUGCUCAAGCAAUUCAGCACUUCCAGGUUCUGUUGCAGAGAUUUAUUGAGAAUGAGCCAUUUGAACAAGGAUCCAGGAUGGAGAUAUAUGCCCGUGCUCGGCUUUUACUACCUAAGUUGCUUCAGGUCCCAAAUCUUCUAGGUAUGGAUCAGAAAGAACACGUGGAGGAUGAUUCAGAGGAACCAAUUCUCGCCACUGACCUCAUUAAGAUAGUAGAGGGUCCAAUCUUAACGUUCCGCCUUUUUCUGAAGAUGGACAAGAAAAAAUCAGGUGGCUUCUUUCGGGCUCACAGUCCUCGGAGCUCCCUUCAGCAAGUGCAGGCAUCACUUGAAAAGAAGGAGAUCAAGGUAAAGGAACUAUUCAAGAAGAAGCAAGGAUGGAAGAAGAAAACCUGGCCAGCAACCAUGGAGGAAGUGGACUUGCUUUUUGCUCUCAUCGACAUCAAAGUCAUAUCAAGGGUUCUGAGGGUGGCACAACUCACCAAAGAGCAGUUGUUAUGGUGUGAAGAAAAAAUGAGCAAGCUUGAUCUGUCAGAUAACAAGCUCUGCAGAGUCGGCUCCCCGCUCCUCUUCCCGUGCUGAUGGUGCACUACACCUUUUCUCCUCUGCUUCAAUUGGAAUUAACAGACACUACAUCUGCAAUCUGAUGCGUCGAAUAUAUGGGUAAAAGCAUCUAUAAAUAAUCUUGUCCAUCUCUCUAAGGUUCCUCUUGGAUCAUUACCCUCUUGCAGACUAUGCAAGAGGUAAACUGCUCUCAAGCAUUUUGGCUGGAUCCUGAUGUUACUAAAGCCACAGUAUUUGAAUGAUCAGAGCAUUAUUCUCUCUAAAGCAUGAAAUUGAUAAGUGAUCUGAGUUGGGUUGCAUGAAAUCUACGUGGAUUCUCUUG